AUGGUUUUUCUACGUCUCACCGUCAAGGUCUAUCCCCGCGACCAACUCCACUCCUCUUCCUCCCAUUCCUUCCGCUCGAUCGCCGGCGACCGUGAUCGUGAUGGAUCUAGUCGGAGCUCUUCCACGCCCGGGGGCGGGAAACCGGCCUGCUUCAUGCUGGUCCUCGAACAUCCAGAGGAAAUAACAUUGGGCGGGCUUUCCAGUAUGAUCCAAGAGAGAUGGAAGAAGCUCAGACCUGAUGUGGAGCCCCUGGAGAUCAAGAAGUUGCUGGACGAUUCCUACGAUUCGGAUGAUCUUGAUGUCGAUAUGACUGUUGCCGACGUUUUUGUGGACAAUGGCCGAGCUCGCGCAGACGGAAGUGACCAGCGCGGCAUCGUGCGGGUCAUCCAAAAGCCGGCCCCUUAUGCCCCCGUACGAUUUCCAUCGGUGACUCAGGACUGGGACGGCGCGGCGAAUGAGUUUGAGCGUCAGGUCAAAAUCAAGAAAGAGAUGGUUGAUAAAUUCCCAACCAUUCUCGAGGAGCCGCACCAAACCCCGGAAUUCGACCCCUACAAUUACCCUUGGCGUGCAUCGUCUGUCCACGACCAGGGUCAUGUCAAAGAAGGCCCUCUGCCAUCUACAGAGAGUGAGGAAAUCCCAGGAUCUCCCCAAGAGUGGGCUGACAAGUCUCUCCUCGAUGAGGCCAGUGUACCGGCUCGUCGUGGAAGCACGAUGGUCCCAACCCCCCAGCGCAAGCGUAUGGAAAGUCAAGAGUUGGGUGACUGGCCUUCCUCCUCCCCAGCCCCAACCCACCAGGGACAACAAGCAACUCUCAGUCCCAAAUUCACAGAAGCUGAAGCGCUUGCAAACGAGCCCCUCUUGGAAUUGCCGGAGGAAUCUUAUGAUGAACAAGAAUCAAAGUCACCUUCCACCACACCAAAAGAUCCAUCCCACACAGGGCGUUGGCUCAAGCCAGCCCCGUUCAAGGAGUCGUCUCAGGCCAACCAGACCAGCACAAAUGUCCAUGAGCAAGCCGUUGAGCAAGAAGAUGGGGACAAGGAAGACGACGAAGAAGGCGACGAAAAAGACGAUGAGGAAAGCUCCAGUGAUUAUCAGACUAGUGAAGAAGUUGGAGUCGAAUCACAUGAACAUCGCGACGGGGACGGUGAUAUUACCAUGAUCAGCAGUGCUUCAAAGGAAAAUCAAGACCCCACCGGACCCAUCCGUGGCGAUGCUGAAGAUCUGGUGUUCAACGAAUUGGCAAAUGCCGAAGGCCCUGUUUUUUCUUCCAAGUCGUUGGGCAAGAGGAAAAAGAGCCAGGAAGAUCUCGAGCCGAACAAGGAGCCGCGCCUGGGCCAAUUCAGUAGCCGUACCAUUUCAUCACCCAACCAACCGAAAACCGAGUUCGAGUUCGAGAAGCCCGUGACUCCCGUAAUUAGUCCGUCGCGAAAGCGAGAGAAAACGCCCUCCUUUUCCGGACUUCCUCGUCGCCCGAGCUUUUCCGAGCGGCCAGAACUUCCUCAAAAAGGUCUGGGACUCGGUAUUACUAAAAGUCCACCUAACAAACAACCAGUGGUUUACGAUCUAUCUAAGGGUUCUGUGGGGUCUUCCAAACAAUUGUUUGGUAAUAGCACACCCUCGAGCAGUGCGCCUAUUCCCCAUUGGGGCUCGAUGCUCCAGAACCGCUCGACUCCCUUGAACGCACCGUCCUCCAGCCCAGGAGACAAGGGCAAACAGCUGCAUUUGGCGCUUCGCAAGGACUCUCCAGCUGGUAGACCGCCUGGACAGCGGUCGGUUUCUUUUGCAGACGACGACGCUUCAAUCAUCAAGUCUGGAUCGACACCAAAGUCGGCUUCUGAGAACAUCGCAAAACCGCUUACCAGUGUUUCAUCAGAUAGAAGACUGUCGGGGUACGGCUCUAUGAUAUACCCACCUCAUAUUACAAAGGAACAAUUUGACGAAACCGAAAAGAAGGCCGAAGAAGAAAGAGCCGCAACGGACAAGCGAGAAAACGAGCAACCGAAGGAGCUCAGCAAGAAGUCCAAAGCGGCCAAAAAACAGGGUCUGGAUAUCAAUUAUCGCCGCAUGCUGGAUGAAGCCCGCAGAACCCUGGGUCAAAUCGAGAGCGCGGCCAGGAAGAACUCCAAUGCUACCUUGAAGAAACUACGUCUCAAAUAUGAAACACAGCGACGCGAGAUUGAUCGAUUGGAGGCAUCUUUCCGAAAUCGCAAGGGAAACACUCUGGUUGUCCCGACAUCUGACACCAUGUCCCACGAGGACACGCCUGCAUCGAAGAAAACAACGGCCAAGACCCGGAAGAGCCCGCAUCCUCAGUCACAGCCUCGAGUUGGUAACAGUACAUCCAAGGCUGCAAACCCAGAAUCUUCCGCCAGACCUACCCAUGCGCAGGCCAAUAAAACAGCAACGAAGGUGAUGAACGAUCCGGAUCUACCCUUGGUAAAAACUUUGAAUCGAACCGGUAAAACAAGCAAGUCUACUGCCACCACAGUCGAGCGUUCGGUCCCCAAGCAAUCUUCUCUUGAUGACGGAGUUCUCAUUUCGUCUUCAGAGUCUGAGUCCGGUACCCAAUCUAAGAAAAAGAACUCUGUGAAUGAUGACCAGAACCCAGCAAAAAAGGCGGGUACAUCUCAACACGGCAAUGUUGCAACUGCUCAAUCCCGCACCAAAACAUCAGCAACUCCCUCAAUGCCGUUGCCGCCACAGCCAAAUAGCUCGCAGAAGCGGCCCAGUCUGCAGUCGAUCAAGGCGGAUCAGAAGAGGAAGCAUCAGGAGAAAUCACAGCCGAAACCAUUGAAAGCCUCGCGUCAGAGCGAAAACGUCAUGGACUUGUCGUCGAGUAGCUCGUCAAGUAGCUCGUCAAGUAGCUCGUCGAGCAGCGAUGACAGCAGCAGCGAAAGUGGAAAGAGUGAUUCUGACAAUGGCGAUAUCAAGUCAAGUGGCCAGGUGGAAAAACUCAGCUCUGCCAAACGCCGGUAG